AGGGCCAUGUGGGACCUCUCCUUAAAAAAAGUUUGAGAUUUUUUUCACAGCCCAUUGUAAGCAAUCAUGCAAAUAGAAACUUGCAGUCGUGCAGUGCACAGACACUUCUUUCCAGAAGGCAGAGAGCAAUGCUAAGUCUACUGACAGUUGAGCCAGCAGAGAAGUCAGGACAUAUUCUCAUAGCACUAACAGACGAUACCACCACCAGUGGGUCUUCUGAAGCCCACUUUCACUCCCCUGGGUGUGAUUGCUCCUGAAUGCACAUUCAACCUCCUCUACUGCUGGCAGUGAAGACCUGCAGAUGCACUCAACCACAGGCUUACUUCAACACUGCAUCUGUCUCAACACUCACACCAAAGCUCUACCUGCGGGAAGCGGUAACACAUGUUUUAUUGACAGAGCUACAGGUGGUUUGAGUUUGAGCUGCUGGUGGACUGGAGGCGUUUCUUUCCUGUGGUGAGCUGUGGCAUCGUUGGAGCCAGUAUGGUGCCUAUUGUUGUGGCAUGUUUGGUAUUCAUCCUGCUGGGCUUGGGGCAGGCUCAAGUUGCCACACAGACUCAGGAGCAGACCCAGAAUCAGGGCCAGGGGCAGGACAGCUCUGCCACCCCUUGGAGGCAGGUGAUUCAGUGGGAGAACAAUGGCCGGCUGUUUAGCCUGCUGAACAGUGGAGCUGAAUAUGUUCCUGCCAGGGCAGGGGCCCAGGACAGAGGUCCCAGCGUGGUUGUGGCAAACACUAGUCCACGCUCUUCGCGUAGACCUCCGGGAGGCAAUGUCCGCCGCCAGGCUCCAUCAAGAGGAUCCUCUGAGACUGUUCGUGGGCAGGCAAGGCAUCCUUUUGGCUUUGGGCAAGUGCCUGAUAACUGGAGACAAACUGCAGGCAGCACAGGUGGUAGCCAAUUCCAAGGAUCCUCCAGCACUCGCUUCAGGCCAUCCACAGGCUCUUCGUCUUCAUCGUCAUCAUCGUCCUUUUCUUCAUCUUCUUAUAGUAUACCAUCCUACCCACAGAACCCAUUUCCUCAACAGCCUCCCUUUCAACCAGGACCUUACGACUCUAGUGUUGUAGAGGGACCAGUCAGGAGCUACGAGCCACCUUUUCAGCCUGUUGCCGGUGGAGGAUUUGGCGUUGGAGGCUAUGGCGGUGGAGGGUAUGGUGCCGGACAGGGGUAUACUGGAGCUGGGUUCGGAGGUGGUCUGGCCCCAGUGCUCCCAGGCUCUCCCUCUGAUUUUACUGACGAUGGCUACCGUUACUACCAGUCUUAUGGCUAUGGGCCCAAUCCUGUGGUGCCUGCACGUGCUGCCCAACCACCAUUUGCAGAUGGUCUGGACCGCAGAUACACCCACAGUCUCUUUAAUGGGGAGACUGCUCCUGCCAUCCCUGCUGUCCCUGCCCCUGAUGCCAACCAGGCAGCUCCUGUAAUAGUGGACAGGACAGGACCAGCUGGUCAACCACAAGUCAGGAGCCCUCAGUAUGAGCAGUUUCCUCCAUAUGGAAGACCCCAGCCUCCUUUCUUGCAGCCCAUUCCUCCAGGCAGAUAUUCUCCCAACUCUGGCCUUGAGAACCCCGGCAUGAAUGUUGGGAGUGUGUACCGACCAGAACAGAGAGGUUUGCCUGACCUGGUUCCUGAUCCCAACUAUGUCCAGGCUUCCACAUAUAUCCAGAGAGCCCACAUGUAUUCGCUCCGCUGUGCUGCGGAAGAAAAAUGUCUGUCAAGCUCCGCCUAUGGCCCAGAGAUCACCGACUAUGAUGUAAGGGUCCUGCUGCGGUUCCCACAGAGGGUGAAAAACAAGGGGACUGCCGACUUCAUGCCUAACAGGCCACGUCAUACCUGGGAGUGGCAUAGCUGUCAUCAACACUACCACAGCAUGGAUGAGUUCAGCCACUAUGAUUUACUGGAGGUCAGCACUGGCCGUAGAGUGGCAGAGGGACACAAGGCUAGCUUCUGUCUGGAGGACACCACCUGUGACUUUGGUCACCUGAAGCGAUAUGCAUGCACCACUCACACUCAGGGUCUAAGCCCCGGCUGCUACGAUACAUACAAUGCGGAUAUUGACUGCCAGUGGAUCGAUAUCACCGACAUCCAGCCUGGAAACUACAUACUAAAGCUCCAGGUUAAUCCUAAAUUCUUGGUGCUGGAAUCAGACUUCACCAACAAUGUGGUCAGAUGUAAUAUACACUACACAGGACGGUUUGUUACAACAACCAACUGCAAGAUUGCACAGUCUUGAUCCGGCACUGGAAGGCUGCCAUGCUAGAGUGACCCUGAUUGCUAUUCCAUUGAAAUGUGAAUGGAAUCCAUUAGUUGUUGGUUCAUUGUUGAUGCUGUUUGUCUCUACUAUUUUGUGCUGUCUUGGUAUACUGAGUCCAUAGGCCAACAAGGGUUCCACUGGCACUGAACACAAUGUGGGGGUUUAAAGUAGACGCACACACACAUACACACACUACGUUGCCUAAUGCAUAUUGCACGUUGAUAUCCCAAUAAUGAAUCAUCAGUCCACAUCCCUGCAAUCUACAUUAUAAUAUUGUCAUACCAACUACAUUUCUCAUAUUGCAUUUCUACCAGUCUGGUUUGGUUAAUGCUAGGACACAUUAUUGCCUUCCAAAAGAGGUGUUUACUGUAUUUGCACACAAACAUCUAUGCACACCCCCAGCAGAGUGGCUCUGUUUGAAUUAUAAAUAAAGCGUGAAACGGUGCCGGUGCUGAAAUGAGACGAGUCAGGGUUCAGCUGUGAUCAAACAAAUAAAAUUAGGGGACAAAGUCUUCCCAGGUGCAUUCAUCCAUGGUAUGUGGGGACAGACAGAGAGGCCCAGUGACUCAGAAGAACUAUAAUGUUAGUUGUUUGUUGCAUUUUUUCUCUUCACUGCCUCAGUGGGUCAGGCUGAGAUACUGUGAUUCUCUGGGCACACCCUGUUUAAUGUUGUGUUGACAGCAAGAGGUAGACUGCAGGUCAUAUUUGCAUUAGUCAACUCCAUGAAAUUGUAAGUCAACAUAAAAACAAACUGUCAGUACUUGCGCUGUACUCCUCUAAAUCCUUGCAUAUUCGUGUCGUGUCCCCAUUCGUCCUUUCUUAUUUCAGUAAAACAGGAACAGGAAGCUCAACUAGCAGAAAAGGGUGCUUUCCAGAAAACUAGACUCACAGUAUGUAAGCUGUAUAUUUACACUGUCUUGGGGUCUCUUCUUCAACUACCAACACUGGUCAGAUGGCACAUAGGUCAUCUAUACCUUUUGAAGAAUGUUUAUACAAAUAUUCCACUGAUGCAUGACUUUAAUGAUGGAAAUUAUUUUGUUGUAACUGAUUGUACUUUGUUUAUCUAGUUUGACCUGUUACUGUAAUUCCUGGAAUUCUUAAUUUUUCUUGAUAAUCUGAAUUAUUCAAAUAGUUGUUGGAAAGAAAACACUACUGCUACAGACUUAGUAUUAUAAUGCAGAGCGUAAGCAAACCGUCUCUACCUACCUCUCUAAUUGAGUGAGCUGUUGUUUCCUGUUAAUGGUUCACUUCACCUCCUACCAAUGUGUUGCAGCACACAGCUAAAACCCACAAUUAUGUUGAAUAUAUCAAAGAUCACAUGAUAUAGGACCCAUACUAUGACUUAGAUAUAUUCCAAAAGACUUAAAGUUAGAAUCCUUAAGAUUUCCGUCCUGGUUGGUUUGGCGACACUUGUGGUUACUGAUGGUAACAGCAAGUGCAAUUUGAUACUACAUCAAACAUUCCUCGAGCAGCUACUUUGUCAGUAGCAGUACAGCAGAAGAGCAACUGUUUACAGUGGAACCAACCAACAAACUCAAGUUUUAAUAAAGAAGUCAGUCAAUAAGUGGCCUUCCUCCAUCAUGCCAUAAGCAACUGUGAUGUGAUUUCAUAGUGCACACUGGGCGAGUAGUUUUCCACACAACAGCAGGGCACAGUACCAAGAGUUGGUUACCUUGUUGAGAAGUUAUAGUUGUGCAGCCUGCAGCUGACUGUGGCUUAAGAAUUUUAACUUUAAUAUCUAUAAAUGUGAUUACUGAAGUUUAGCUUCUUCUUUUUUUAGGAACAAUCUGGUCUCUAUGUAUU